ACCGAAGAAAAACCCUUUUGCUUCCCCAGCCGCUCCACCAGGUCUAGAGCUCCAUCCGUAAAACAAUGUCCAGAGCCGCCGACCUGAUAUAGGCGGUCGAUCUCUUCAGCUCCAAAUGGUAUUUCAUCCUCUGCUCGACCAGCCCAUGGAAAACAAUGCCUUUCUUCUUCCAUCUUUCUCCAGAGCCGCAAAUCUGAUUUAAUUUAAGCGAUCGAUCUUUUUGCUACAUAUCCAGAUGACAGACAUGAAUCUGAAGGAAACUGGUCAAGAGGUCUUGGGUGAGGAAGAAGUGAAUUCCAUAGAAGUUCAUUCUAAAAACAUGAGUUUGGAUGCAGUUGGAACAAAAAGCAACUCCACUAAGAGCAAAUCAUAUACCGACAAGGAAAAAGCUCAAUCAUCAACUUCUGCGGUGAGUGUUUCUGGACCAUCUAAGAAAAGAAAAAAAUCAAUCUAUUGGGAGCACUUUGAGCAAGUAGAUAAUAAUGGGUAUCACAAUUGCAAAUAUUGUAAAAAAAGAAUCCGUGCAGUAGUAAAAAAUGGCACAAGUGGCAUGAAAAAUCACCUAGAAAGAUGCGCAGAGUAUCCUCCCACUAAGGAUAAAAAGAAAAGACUCGUUGCUUUUCAAUCCACAACUUCUCUUAAAGAUGGAACCAUUCGAACUGAUAAUAAUACUGAAUUAUGGCAUUUUUGUCACGAAUCUGCUAGGAGAGGACUUGCUCGAAUGAUCAUUGUUGAUGAGUUUUCAUUUAGUAUAGUAGAGCGUGAAGGAUUUCGUGACUUCUGUAAACUUCUCAAUCCCGAGUUUGUGGUUCCUUCUCGUAGAACUGUUACUAGGGAUUGUUAUGCAUUGUUUAUUGAGGAAAGGAGAAAACUUAAGAGUUCUUUGAGUAAUUUGUCAUGUAGAGUUUGUCUCACAACCGACACUUGGACUUCUGGUCAAAAUUUGAGCUAUAUGUGCUUGACUGUGCAUUUUAUUGAUGAUGAGUGGAAGUUACAUAAAAGAAUUUUAAACUUUUGCCCCAUUGCUGGUCAUUCGGGUGAGCUUAUAGGUAAAGCAGUUGAAAAGUGUUUGAUUGAGUGGGAGAUAAAGAAAGUUAUGACUAUCACAGUAGAUAAUGCGAGCUCAAAUGACUUAGCUGUGAAAUAUUUGAGAGGAAGGUUGAACCAUUGGGGUGGUAGUGUGUUAGAUGGUCAAUAUCUUCAUAUGAGGUGUGCAACACAUAUUUUAAAUUUAAUUGUCAAAGAUGGUUUGAAAGAUCUUGAUGCAUCCAUUGCUAAAAUCCGUGCUGCAGUAAGGUACGUGCGGUCUUCUCCGGCUAGGUUACAAAAGUUUGUAUGUUGUGUAGAAGAGGAAAAGAUAGAUUCCAAAGGUCUUGUGUGUUUGGAUGUGGAUACUAGAUGGAAUUCUACUUAUUUUAUGCUUGCUUGAGCUGUUAAGUUUAGAAAAGCAUUUGCUAAUUUGCAGUCCAAAGGAGGUCCUUACGUUAAGGAACUUUUGAAGUAUGAUGGCUUAGUUGGGGAUCAGGAUUGGGAUAUUGUUGGUCAUUUCUUGCCUUUCUUGGAAAUUUUUUAUGACGCAACAUUAAAGUUUUCGGGAAGUCUUUAUGUAACUGGGAAUUUUUAUGUGCCCCAAAUUUUCGGGAUCGGAGAUGUCAUAUCGGCCUAUGGUGAGAGUGAAGAUGUCGGUAUUAAGAAGAUGGCUCUUCAGAUGCAAGCCAAACUGCACAAAUAUUGGGGAAAUAUUAAUAAUGUUAAUAUCCUAUUGUUUGUUGCAUUGGCUCUUGACCCGAGAUAUAAACUUGAUUAUGUUGAGUUUGUUGUUGGUUGCUUUUAUGAUAAAAGAAAAUCUGAAAUGUUGUGUUCAAAAAUUCACGAAGCAUUUAAAGUGUUAGUUGACACCUACGGUGCUUUCAAGCCACAAGCAAAGAAGUUAGUAGGGAAUCCUAAGCCACUUAGUUGUCCAUCACAGUCAAAAAGUUGUGAAACAUUAGAUGUUCAACAACGUCUAAAAAUGAAGUAUAGAAUGAAUAAAGCGUCGGUGGAUACAAAGACUGAGUUGGACAAGUAUUUAGGUGAUGAAUGUGAGCCAGAUGAAAGCGCGUUUGAAAUUUUGAAGUGGUGGAGUGCUAAUCAAAAUAGAUACCCCAUUAUUUCCAUGAUUGCUCGAGAUAUUCUAGCGAUACCAGUUUCUACUGUUGCUUCAGAGUCAGCUAUUAGCACCGGAGGCCGCGUUCUUGAUUCUUUUCGGACAUCUUUGACGCCUCGCAUGGUGGAAGCUUUGGUGUGUGGACAAGAUUGGCUACGUGUUUCUCGUACUCAUGUUUCAGUAGAGGAGAGUUUGCUUGAACUAGAGGACAUGGAAGAAGCUUGACUUUGGAGCAGCCCGUGAUUGAAAUUGAAGAUACUAUUUCACUUGUUGAAGAGACCUGGCUGAAUGAGUCAGUUAGUAUGGGAAGGAUUUGGCAUGCAGCAGAAGGGGACAGAAGUUGAUGGAGUUCUUGAAGUUGGGGAGGAGUAGUUAUGUCUCAAAAAUUUUCAGAAGGGAAAUGAAACAAAUCUUGAAGUUGAAGGCUUGUAGACUUGAGCUGCUUUUUUUUUUGCUUUGGAGAUAAAUUAUGAGACUUGAUUUGUUUUUUAUAUCAAUUCUAGUCUAUGGAGUCAUGUAUUUGUUAACACCAGUGUAUUCUUGUAUUUCUGUUAUCUUCUUCAAAACUUGAUCUGCUUAUGGAUUUUUUAUUAUGAUCAUAGAACUUUAGAAAAUUA